GAAACACUCAGAACUCAUCUGAACACACAUCGAGAGCUUCAGAAGUACUGAAUCUAUAACAACAGAGAAGAUCACUGGAUAAGAGAGAAGAAUGAAGAUCAUCUGGACUUUCACUCUGCUGAUGAUUCCUGGUGUGUUGAGCUCCAUCAGUGUGACGGGAUAUUCAGGAGGAGGAGUCAGCAUCACAUGCAGAUAUGAUGAAGGAUAUACAGACAAUGUGAAGUAUUUUUGUAGAGGACAGAAUCCAGUUACACCACAGAUUGGAUGGUGCUCUGACCUCAUCAAGACUAAAGAGAAAGAUAAAUGGGUUUAUUCUGGAAGAUUCUCUCUGUAUGACGACACAAGAGCAGCAGUUUUCACUGUGACCUUCAGAGAUCUGAGAGAACAGGAUUCUGGGACGUACCAGUGUGCAGUUGAUAGAGCUAUCAUUACAGAUUCCUACACUGAAGUGAAGCUGAAUGUUUUAACAGAUACAGAUGUUCCUAAAACAACAUCAUCAUUACAACCUUCAUCAUCAGCACCACCAUCAUCAUCAUCAUCAUCAUCGUCUGUUUUCAAAACAUCCACAUCUAACUUCACAUCAGAGCCUCCUAACAUGUUAAAAGGUUUAUCUCUGAUCAUCUCUCUGGUUCUGGUUCUUCUGGUUCUGAUAAUCGUUGCUGUCGUGUUACUGUUUCUCUAUAAGAAGCAUCAGUCUCGAGGCAAUGAUUCGUCUCAGACUGGAGCAGGAAAACAUGAAGUGGUUUCUCACACUGGUUGCGAUUAUGAGAACAUUAAAGACACUCAGAAACAAUUACCCACAAACCCCUCUGUUUCUCCUGACUGUGUUUACUCUACAGUUCAGAAAGCCACUGGUGACUCUAAUAUCUUGAUCACAUCUGCUGAGGAUCUGAAUUACGCCGUAGUGAAUUUCCACAAGAAAGCAGACUGUCCUGACAGAGACAGAUUGAGGAAUAAUCAGGAUUACAGUGAAUACGCUGCUAUCAGUCAUCUCACUGCCUGACCAGCCUUUUUCACCUUGUCUUUGGCAUUAAGUAUUUUUGUUACUUACAGUCAUUCAGUGAUGCUCCUUUGCUGUAUAUUUUAAACAUAUUCUUAUGACUUUUGAAGUCUGAUGCUGUUUAAAUGACAGCACAGUGUUUUGUCAUCUGGACGGCCAUCGGGACAAGACCACGGGAACCAGAUGAGUCCUCUUCACAUUCUGACUUUGUUGCAACCUAGAAUUAAACUGCUGGUCUCGUCUAGCCAGAGGAGAACGGUACACUAUUUCGACACACUAUUUCCCUUUUUUAAAACUGCACUGAACAAAAUAAGAAGUUAAAUUUACUUAAUUUUUCUUUUGCACGCAUCAUAUUUUUUAAGUAAAACUUAAAUAAGGAAUUAAGUAAAAUCUACUUAACUAAGUUAUCUAAAAUCAGUAAAGGAAAUAAGUCAAUUUAACGUGGCCAGGUAGAGUCUGAUGAGUAAUUUCUACUUAACUACUUUAAGUUUACCCCCCAGUCAACACGUUAGCUCACGCAAUGAUCACAGUGACAUCACACCAUUCUCAUACGGUGAUGCUCACAGUGUGAGUAAUAUAUGAACUCAUUGUGAACUCAGAAAGAUGAGCGGGGUUCUUAUUUCUGUCAGACAUCUACAAAAGCGCUUAUUGAGAAUUAACAGAUUUAGAUGAUGAUGUUUUAUUGUUUUGUUUGACGUUACCAUCAAAGUGAUUAGUGUUUGCUUUAGUUGGGCUCCUGACCCUUGACUUUAUGACACUAUAUUUUUUGGGGCUGUUGUAACUGUGUUUGAAAAGCACGGAAUGUUAUAGCAAGGAAAACCAAAAAAGAGACUGCAACCAGGUGAUAUUGGUUUGCUACUGAUGAUAACAGCGCAACCGUCACCAAGAUUGCAGUCUUUGUGAGAAGUUAUUAAUCUAAAGUUUUUAUAAUAGCUUUGUGAUUAUACAGUAUAGGACCCAGCAGUGUCAUAAUUGUUUAUGAAGGAUUUUAAAAGCAUGAUAAGACACAAACAUUCUGAAAUACUGUGUCAUUUAAACACAAAGAGAGUCAUCAAGAAUCAGUGUAUGAAUCUCAACAAUGGUGACAAUAAAAAGCUUCAUGCUGCAAUGCAUGCUGGGUACCUAGUCUCUGUGCAUUGAGUGCACUUUGACCUCACAUUAGUAUGAGCACACAGUGAGGGCGCUGUGAGGUUACACUUUUAGCUCACUGUUACCUCACAUUGUGACCUCAUCACGAGUAUCCUGUGAGCUCAUGGUGACAUCACUGUGAGAUCAAAUUGUUGACUGGGCCUACAAUACUCAAGUACAUUUCAAUCAGUCACGGUUUGUAAACUUUACUCAAACAACAUAGUACUGAGAAAAAAAAGCCUAUAAAGCAUGUGGUUAAGUUACAAGCAUGUACGUAAUCAAGUAGACUGCUCGUUAUUCAUUUUAAGGUAAUAUGUUGACUCAAUAUAGUUGUUAACUAAAUGAAUACAGAGACCUGAAUACUUGGCACGUGAAUAGGGUUUGAGCAUGAAUUGGCCAUUUUAAGCUCUAAAAGAAUUCAGAGAUUCAGGUCAAAUGAUGAUGACAAUACAUAGUCAACGCCACCAAACCACCUUCUCGUUUGGCUUGUCUAACUGUUGUUUAACUCUAUAACAGCAGCCAAACAAAAUCUAAUGUUAAAGAGUCAAGGGUCAAGAGCCCAACUAAAGCAAACAUUGACCACCGUGAUGGUGACCCAAUGGUAAAACAUGAUUUUCUCAUUCAGUGAUUCUGUGUUAACAUCAGGUGUCUUCAAUAAUUCAGUUUUGGGGGCCUAGAAACACAAGCUUUUGAACAAGAUGCCUGUAUCAUCUCCAUGUAAACAACAAAAACAUGAAUUUGCGAAAAAGGUGACGUCAUGUGCAUGCAUAUUACGUUUUUGCGCAGUUUCUUGAUCGCCAACUACUGGCCUGACAUGCAUAACAUAGUAUCAUUAGCAUAGUGUUUUUUGUCCAAUGAAACGAAUAUUUUUGUUUGAAUUUUACUUAAUUUUUUCAUGCUAUUUUACUCAUUUUGAAUGGUUGUUAGCAUUUCAUUUGAUUAAUUCUAAUUAAUUUUAAUGUGUUGAAUUUAAUUAAUAAUAUUGCAUGUAAUAUUUUGAAACAAAUAUAUUUUUUACAGUGCUGUUAUACUACCAUGGAAAUUAACUCUGCGUCAAUUGCUUCAAACAGUUCAAGUUUCAAAUAUUAGAAUUCAUACGGUAUUAGUAAUGUGAACUUAUAUAAUUUGACUGCAGUGAGAAGAAAUAUUUCUUAUUAUAAAACUGCAAACACUUUAAAUAACUAAAAACAUGUAUUUAACUCAAAUCAUUUCAGUUCAUCAACAGCUAUAACACAUGUAUAUGCUGGAGUACUUAACAAAAAGAUCAUCAGCAGCAGAACAUCAAUGUUUGUGGCUCAUCAUUGACUGAAGCACAAGCUCUACUCUCCAGCACAAUGGUGACCCACAAAACUACAUUAAACUAACAAAUCUCUCUUGUACAAAAACACAUUAAUACAGUUCAGUUUAAUAUUUACUCUCCUUAUCAGUUCAUGACUUUGCAUAACUGUUUUCUGUGGACCUUCACUAAUAUUUCAGUAAAAAUAACUUUUUUAGUUUGGUUAAUCUGACUGUUACGUUUUACAGUAAAUUGCUGUUUUUUCUUUGAAUUAAUGGUAAUCUACUGGCAGCACGGUUGCCAGUAAGUAACUGUUUUUCUACAGUUUGUUGCCGUAAAUUAAAUACAGUUUAUUGCUGUUUUUUUUUCAUCUUACAUCUUUAACCCUUUAAACCCCACAUCAAAAUCCUCAGUUUUAAAUGAAGUUAAAAAAAAAAGCUUUAAAGUGCUAUGAAACACACACAUCAAGAAUCAGUGUAUGAAUCUCAACAAUGGUGACUAUCAACCAAAAUAAAUAAACAGAUCAACUCUGAACAUCACAAAACAUGCUAAUAUAACUUAACACACAAACAAAAGCAAUUAUAAAAGCACAUUGAAAGAAUUAGAGAAAAUAAGUGGACAAUUCAGUGGCAUAAUUUAUUCAUGUCGCAAUGCAUGCUGGGAGUCAUGGAUGAGUUUUGUACUGUACUGGUACCCAGCAUGCAUUGCAGCAUGAAGCUUUUUACUCACCAUUGUUGAGAUUCAUAUGUUGAUUCUUGAUGUCUGUAUUAUGUCUGAAUAAGGCUGUUGUACUGAAUGUUUUGUGCAUAAGAAGUUUAACAGUUUGUCAUAAUAGAUUGUUAUUUUGUAGUAUCAUAUAGCACAUAACAUGAAACGAUCCAAAAAAAAGAAAGCACUUCAUUAAAGUCUGAAUGAGACCAGUGAGAACUGCUUCAUGAUUAUUACAAUGCAAACAUAUUUCUCACAAUUUUUUUUUUUGGAUUUUGUUGCUAUAACAAAGGUGUUUUAUAAACACCAUUAUAGCAACAAAAAAAAAUCUAUUACAAAGUCAAGGGUCAAGGGCCCAACGAAAGCAAACGCUGAUCGCCAUAACGGUGAGGUCAAGCGAAACAUUUUCAAUAAAGCAUCUAAAUGUCUAUUAAUUCUCAAGUAAUUUGUAGAUAUAUGGCAGAAAUAAAGUCAGACUUUGAUGUGUGAAGUCGGUGAUGCUGUUUGUGGAGUUGUUUAAUCAUCCUCUGCUGUUUUAUUUCAGUUGAUUUCAUCUAAGGCUGUGUCUGAAGUCAGUUGCGGUUUCAUUUUUCUCUUUUCUCCAGUGAUUCUGCUUGUUCACAGCAGCUGUUCAUCAUUGGCUGAAUUCACUCAUUAGUGUUUAUUCUCUCUGUCAGGUGGACUAUAUUAGUAAACUCAUGUAGGGAAUAGUGAAUGAGGGUGUAGGGUUUGAUUUGAAACACAGCCUCUGAGUGUCGACUCUGAGCACUGUUACUUCACAGGACUGCAGAAGGAUACUUUCUUGAAAACAACAAAUAUUACCCAGAAUUCAUUGUUUUUUACGGGAUUUUACUGUUGUAAUGAAAAAACUGGAUGUAACUGUCAGAAUAUGGCCUUUUUUUUACAGCAAUUUUUUACAGUGUGGGUCCAGGACUGGAAAACAAUGAGUAGAGCUACAAUGGGUAUUUUCUAUUUUUAAUUCUCCC